AUGAAAACUCGAGGCCCGCGGCAGCAUCCCCGCCCUGGCGGGGUCCUGGCCAGUGGUGGUGGCGAAAACCGCAGUGGCACCCGCAGCUCCAGACCAAUCAGAACUUCUCGUACAUCUUUGCCACUAUGGAUGAUUGCCCUCAUUGUGUUUGGAGUGUUGGCAAUCCUGGGAAUAACUAUUGGUCUCCUGGUUCAUUUUUUGGCAAUAGAAAACAGAACCUACUACUACCAAGGUAGCUUUAAAGUGCUGGAUAUACCAUUUAACAGAAAUUAUGAAAGGGAGACAUCACCGGAAAAUAACCAUCUUAGCAAAAUUCUCGAGACUAAGAUGAUUGAUGCAUUUCAAAAUUCUAGCAUUUACAGACAAUAUAUCAAUUCUCAAGUCAUCACGCUGGUUCCUGAUGACAACAGUGUGAUAGCACAUAUAUGGCUGAUAUUCAAGGCUCCCAGAUCAAUGAAGGAAAGCACAACAAGAAGAAUAGAAAAUAUCUUACGUCAGAUGCUAAAUAACCACUCACGAUCCUUGACUGCAGAUCCUAAUUCUCUUAGGCUCGUGGAAAUCAGUAAGGUCAAUGCGGAAAAGAUUAUUAACAGCCGCUGUGGGAGACGAGCAAGGAUGUCAGCUACAUAUGAUAGAAUCAAGGGAGGUUCUGCUGCUCAGGAGGGAGAGUGGCCGUGGCAAGCAAGUCUCAAAAAGAAUGGCCAACACCACUGUGGGGCAUCUUUGAUCAGUGAAAAAUACCUAGUGACUGCAGCUCACUGCUUUCGAAAGACACAAAAUCCCAGAAACUAUACUGUCAGCUUUGGCACCAAAGUAUAUCCAUCCUACAUGCAACAUUAUGUUAAAAAUAUUAUUAUUCAUGAAAACUACAUGCAGGGUGAACAACAUGAUGAUAUUGCAAUUAUAGAGCUCACUGAAGAAGUUUUAUUUAAUAACGUUGUGCAUCGAGUUUGUCUUCCUGAGGCCACACAGGUUUUUCUACCAGGUGAAGGAGUUGUUGUUACAGGAUGGGGAGCACUUUCAUAUGAUGGUGUAUACCCAGUGUUACUUCAGAAAGCACCUGUGAAGAUUAUUGAUACAAACACCUGUAAUUCUAAGGAAGGAUAUUAUGGCCUGGUGAAAGACACAAUGCUAUGUGCUGGGUACCUGGAAGGAAAUGUUGAUGCCUGCCAGGGUGACUCUGGAGGACCUCUAGUUUAUCCCAAUUCUCGAAAUAUUUGGUACCUUGUUGGAACAGUGAGCUGGGGAACAGAAUGUGGUAAAAUCAAUAAGCCAGGAGUCUAUAUGCGAGUGACUGCCUACCGCAACUGGAUUGCCUCCAAGACUCAUAUCUAA